AUGCAGACUGCUGCUACAGACAUUUGUGAAAGAAUGGGUCGCUCUCAGGAGCUCAGUGGAUUCAAGCGUUGUACCAUGAUAGGUUGCCACUUGUGCAAUAAGGCCAUUCGUAAAAUAUUCCUUGCUACUAAAUAUUCCACGGUCAACUGUUAGUGGUAUUGUAACAAAGUGGAAGUAACUGAGAACAAAAGCAACUCAGCCACGAAGUGGUAGGCCACGUAAAGUGACAGAUCAGGGUCAGCGCAUGUCACAAACUGUCUGCAGAGUUAAUAGCUAAAGACCUCCAAACUUUGUUUCCAGUGAAGGGAACUCUUAAAGCGUCAGCAUACCAAGACGUUUUGGACAAUUUCAUG